UCCUUUUGCUUCGGAUGCUGAUUUAUCAGUGCAUCUGGGCAUCCCCUGCGAGCCCUGAACAAGGAGGAUCACUCAGGGUUAUCGACAGCGUAGCUGAAGACCUGCAACUUCACAAAUUAUUAUCUGCUAUUGGACAUCUUUUACAAGAAGCCCUGACAGACAAGUUAUAAGACAAAGGACAAGCGCUGCGUUGCUGUGAAGGGCUGUCAUCGGGGUCUGGGUGGCUUCUACCAAAGUCUUCAACUUAGUGAAACAAACACCCUAUCCUAAUGCUUCACGUUUGAGUUGGAACCUAUUUUAUAAAAUAUAUACAUGUAUAUGUACAUAUAUGUAUAAUCUAUAGACUGCACGUACACCAGUACUGAGCAUCCUUAACGAAGGUGACAUAAAAGGAUUUAGAAAUGUAUUUGUCAAGAUUCCUGUCACUUCACGCCCUCUGGGUUACCGUGUCCUCCGUGAUGCAGCACUACCCUUCUGUGUGGGGACACUAUGACGUGUGCAAGACUCAGAUUUACACAGAAGAAGGAAAAGUAUGGGAUUACAUGGCCUGCCAGCCAGAAGCCAGAGACAUGAUCAAAUAUGUAAAAGUGACUCUGGAUCCCCCAGACAUAACGUGUGGAGAUCCUCCCGAGACUUUCUGUGCAAUGGGGAAUCCCUACAUGUGCAAUAAUGAAUGUGAUGCAAGUACCCAAGAACUGGCUCAUCCUCCGGAACUGAUGUUCGAUCUCGAAGGAAGACAUCCCUCCACAUUUUGGCAGUCCACGACUUGGAAGGAUUAUCCAAAGCCUCUUCAUGUUAAUAUUACGCUCUCCUGGAACAAAACCAUUGAGCUGACAGAUAACAUAGUCAUCACUUUUGAAUCUGGCCGUCCAGACCAAAUGAUCCUGGAGAAAUCGCUCGACUAUGGACGAACAUGGCAGCCCUACCAGUACUAUGCCACGGACUGCUUAGAUGCUUUCCACAUGGAUCCAAAAUCAGUGAGGGAUUUAUCGCAGCAUACAGUCCUAGAAAUCAUUUGCACAGAGGAAUACUCUACUGGGUACAUGACAAAUAGUAAAAUAAUCCACUUUGAAAUCAAAGAUCGAUUUGCUUUUUUUGCUGGACCUCGGCUUCAUAACAUGGCUUCUCUUUAUGGCCAGCUUGACACAACCAAGAAGUUAAGAGAUUUCUUUACCGUCACGGAUCUGAGGAUAAGACUGCUUAGGCCAGCAACUGGAGAAAUAUAUGUAGAUGAGCAACACCUGGCACGCUACUUUUAUGCAAUUUCAGACAUAAGGGUAUAUGGAAGGUGUAAGUGCAACCUUCACGCUACUGGCUGUAAAGAAGAAAACAAAAGACUACUUUGUGAAUGUGAGCAUAACACAACUGGCCCAGACUGUGGAAAAUGCAAGAAGAAUUACCAGGGCCGACCGUGGAGCCCUGGUUCUUAUCUGCCUAUACCUAAGGGCACUGCUAAUAUCUGUAUACCCAGUAUUUCCAGUAUUGGUAAUCCUCCAAAGUUUGAUAGGAUAUGGCCGAAUAUUUCUUCCCUUGAGGUUUCUAAACCAAACCAAGUCGCUCCCAAAUUAGCUAUGUCAACUGUUUCUUCUGUUCAAGUUGCAAACCACAAGAGAGACUGCGAAUGCUUCGGGCACUCCAACCGGUGCAGUUACAUCGAGCUGCUCAAUACGGUCAUUUGCGUGAGCUGUAAGCACAACACUAGAGGUCAGCACUGUGAGUUAUGCAGGCUGGGCUACUUCAGAAAUGCUUCUGCAGAGCUGGACGAUGAAAAUGUGUGCAUAGACUGUUAUUGUAACCCUUUUGGUUCAGUCCAUGAUCGCUGUAAUGACAGAGGAUUUUGUGAGUGUAAGGAGGGAACAUCAGGGCCUAAAUGUGAUAAGUGUCUGCCGGGAUAUAUCUGGCACAGCUUGGGCUGUCAACCAAACGUGUGCGACAACGAACUACUGCAUUGCCAGAACGGAGGAACAUGCAUCAACAAUGUGCGAUGCCAGUGCCCUCCGGCUUACACUGGCAUUUUAUGCGAGAAGCUGAAGUGUGAAAGGGAUCCAGGAGGCUGCAGCCAAAACUCCGGCCAGGGGGCAAUAUCACCCGGGCCUCUAUUACUGCUGACUGCUCUACUAGGAGCGGCUGGACUCUGCAUACGCUAG